AUGAAGGAAGUACCAAAAUCACCCCACUCGGCCAGAUCAAGAGCACCAAUAAAUGCUGAAGGGAUAAAAUGGUGGGACCAGUAUGGAGCAUCUAGUAUACCUAGUACAUCCACCUUUGAUCCAAAUGUUUAUGAACAUGAUAAAACUUUAGCUACCGAUCAUAAUGGUAUAGAAAAAUCCUUCGAAGACAAAUCGACAUGCACCGAUGCACUUAAUGCACAAAGAAAUAUUGCAUUAAAAAUAUUUGAAAAUCCAAUGAACGCUGAUAUUAAAGACCCGAAGGAUAAAGUUUUAAAGAAAUGGAGGGAGCAGCUAUCUAGAGCGAAGUACGAACAAGCAAGAAAAGCAGUCAUUAAUUCACUGAAAGAAAAAUUUAAAGAUGUCCCCCAUUCUAAUAUACGACCUAUAACUGGCGGAUAUAAAACAGAUAAUCGAAAAAUAGUUCCUACGAUUAUUAUAACUGGAGACAAUGUUGAAGGAACAUCAAAUUUGAAUGGGAAUCGAAGUGGCAACACAGACGGAAAUUUGGACUUUGUACGUGGUAGUUCUAGGGUUCAAGUUAGUGAUGAUACUGGCGAGGGUGCCUUGCACGCGAAGAGGCUUCAGAUGGGGCCAGGUGGUGAACUGGCACAGUGGAGGCUUGCUCCUCGUGGCAGUAGGGCGGCGGGCGCGGAGGGCGGACUACGUGGGCUUGGGAAGGAAAACAUGCCGUUGCCUGCAAGGGAAGGACUGACAACACCGCGGAGCGCCCGCGCUCCUGUGGCUAGAAGACCUACAAGUACCCUUCCACAUCAGCGACUUAAAAAGGAGAAAUCUCUGGAUAGUCCUCCGGAGAUGGACUCGCCGGUGGGUAGUACAAGCAGCGAUUUGCGAAGGCAAAACGAGGAGCUCCGUGCACGUCUUGCUGGCGAAGCAGCUGACCAUAAGCGCAGGCUUGAUGCCUACCGUCGCUCUCAGCAAGGGCAAGCAGCAUUGGUAUCGAGGCUUCAGGCAAAGGUGCUUCAAUAUAAACAACGAUGCGCGGAGUUAGAGCAUCAUAUGCUAGAAACGACACCGCGCAGCGAUGUGUAUAGGCAGCCCAGCAAGACUAGUGUCGCGCUCCCGGCGUCGGCCGCUCUGCCCACUCCCUCCAGCUCGGAUUCGCGCAGGGAUGAGCACAUCAACGACUUGGAGACGGCCUUACGUCGGCUUGAUGAGGAGAAACGCAAGUGUGAGAAAUUAGUGGCCCAGAACAACUUGUUGCGAGACCAACUGGAGGAGUCCCAUCAGCUUAAUGAAGCCCUCACUGGGGAUCUUCAGAAGUUGACAAAUGACUGGGAGGCACUGCGUGACGAGAUGGCCAUCAAGGAGGAUGAAUGGAAGGAUGAGGAACAGGCUUUCAAUGACUACUAUUCCAAUGAACACAGCCGACUUCUAAGCCUGUGGCGUGAGGUGGUCUCUGUCAAACGCUUCUUCUCUGAAUUGCAAUCUUCAACCGAACGAGAUCUGUACCGUGUGAAGAACGAUUUAGAUUCGUCUGUUCGUGAGAUGGUUGGCACACUGACUGGGUACUCUAUUAAUGCAUUUGCAGCUCAAGGUACCAAGCCUGAUGUCCACCAUCCGUCAAGCCAGCACCUGCAGCAAGGGCCUAUUACGGGUCUACAAGGCCAGCCGACAACCAACGUUGGUCUUGAAGCACUGCGUGUCGAACUGCGUGACAUGUCGUCCCAACGGGACACAGCCGUCGCUGAACUUCGGGAGCGGGACGCGCGUAUACAGCGGCUGUUGGGAGAGCUACAGGGAUUGGAGGAGCGUUGUGACGCAGCGGAGACGAUGUGUUCAGAGGCGAACGUGAUGCGUUCCGCCCUAGAAGAGGUGGCACGGGCUCUCAUACACGACUCGGAAACUGACGUUACUCCCCCCCACUUGCAUCUAGCUGACAGAUCCCCGAAGCGCAGCGUACCGCAGUCAGCGAAUGCUACCGCGUUUGCAGAAAGCACCAUAUCUGCUGUACAGGCCGCCUUACACAAGUAUCAGAUUCAAAUACACGAGCUACAGGUGAAACUGCAAAACACUAGAGAGCCAAAUUGACUAGAAAACAUUGUGAAUUUUAUAGCUAGUUUAGAAGGAAAAGUUCAAGAUCUGGAAGGUAAAUUGGAUCAAGCCAACGCAGACCUUAACCAGUUAUUGCAGGAGAAGGAGUCUAUGCAAAAGAGUUUGGAAGCACUCAGAAUAGAUAAGAACAAUCUAGAACGGAACAGAGUAGAAAUAAAUGCAAUGGUGGAAUCUCUAACUUCGGAUUAUGAGAAGCUGCAGAAGAUUAACUCGCGUCUUGAAAAAGCUAUAGAGGGACUAGAGAAUGAGAAGAGAGCAUUGAACUCAGAAGUGGACCAAUUACACAGAGAGGCAUCCGCUAGAGAAUCAGUUCUAAGAGCUGAAGAGGAGCGUUCAUCUCGCUUCCGCUCGGAGCUUGUUACAGUCCGCGAGGAGUUGAAUAAGACGGCGCUCUCCCGGGACCUGCUCGAGCAGCAGAAGUUGGAGGCAGACGCUAUCAUAUCGCAAAUGGAGAAGAACAGAAGCGAUCUUGAGCUGGAGUUGGAGCGUAAUAUAAUAGAGAGGGGCGACCUACAGGACCUUGUGGAGAAGCUUGAAGCGGUUGUAAGGAAUCUCGAAUGUGAUAAGAAGAAAUUACUAGAUGAAGUUAAACAUCUGGAAGACGAAAAAUCUUCGCUUUCGAACCAGUCGGCUGAACAACUCGGUGAUCUGAACUCUUUACGUAAGGAGUUGUUAGCAGCCGAACAGAACAGGAUGGAGCUAGAAGCCGACAAAGUAUCGCUGUACGAGAAAAUCAAGUUCCUUGAGAGUGAGAGGGAGAAAGUGGAAUUGGAAUUAAGACAAGUUAUCAGAGAACGCGGUGAGCUGAGUUCACAACUGACUGCAAUGGUUCGCAAGAAGGACACUCUGAACGAGGAAAUCAUACGUUUGCAGCAGCGACUGGAGCAGGCCAAUGAGACUAUUGGUCGCAUCAACCGAGCAUUCGAAGAUCAUGUCAAAGACGGCGAGGAGAAACAGGUCGUCAUAGAUAGCUUGGAUAAAGACAAACAGCAUCUACAAGAACAAUUAGCCGGUGUACGAUCUGAGAAGGACGCUCUGGAGGCAGUGCUGUUUGACACGGCUAAUAUGCUAGAAGACGCAGACAGUAAGAGGAAUAAGCUGGAGCAUGAGUUGCAGGAGAUACUCGUGCAGCAGGAGAACCAUAAAGGCCAAAUUUCCCGUCUAUCGAAAGACUUGGAUAAUUCGGAGAAGAAAUUACGAGACACACGUAACAGCAUGCAGCAACAGUCGGGCAAGAAGGAGGCAGAGUACCAGCAGAUCAUCACGAAUAUCAACCGGACUACAACAGAGAACAUCACUAAACUAAAAGAAGAGAAGGAACAACUACGCCAGGCUCUUGAGCACAAAUUGAACCAGACAAUAGCAACAUUAACGAGUGAGAAGGAAGCAUCGGAUGCGGCUGCGAGGGAGAGAGAGAAGAAACUAUUGGCUUCACGCGAUCAGCUUAUAUUACAGCAUGACGAAGCCUUGCUCCGAGCAGAGAAUGAUAAACAGCAGGCUUUAAUUAUGGCGCACCAGGAGCAGCAGGCGCUGGCGGAGCGGCUGGAGGAGGCGGCGCGCGCGCUGCGCUGCGAGCAGGCGCGCGCCGAGCGCGGCCGCCGCGACGCCGCCGCCCGCGCCGACGGCGACCGCGCGCACCUCGCGCGGCUCAACGACGACCUCGCCACGCUCAAGACCAGGCUCGACGAGGCCAAGGCUACGGCAGAGGACGAUUGCGCGCGCUACGAAAAUCGAAUCAAAGAGCUACAUCUGGAGAAGGAAGCAUGCAACCGCGAAUGCAGUGAGGUGCGCGCUCAGCUUUCGCUGGUAGAGGACAAAUACGACAAUGCGUAUGCGCAGCUGCAGGAUACCAUGAGGAAACUUAAGGAGCUGGAGAACGAGUCGGAGAGCCUGCGCAAGGAGCUGACGGACGUGCGGCGACAGCUGACGGCGUGCUGCGCCGAGCGUGACAAGUACAACGUCACGUGUCGCGACCUGCGCGAACACGUCAAGCGCGCAGAGCACGAGCGACGUGACGCAGCGCGCGCCCGUGACGAGGCCUACCACAAGAUCGCUGGCCUCGAAGAGAACCGCACUUCAUUAGAACUGGAAGUAACGCGCGUACAAGCGCUGCUGAAGGAGGCGGAGUCAGGUGGGGAACACGUGACUCGCGAGCUACGAGCUGCCGAAUGUCAGCUGAAGCGGGAGCGGGCCGCGCUCGAACAGGCGCACCACGACCUCAAGGAGCUACAGUCCAGACUGCAGAACGAGAGCGAGGAACGCGAACGAAUGUCGCAGGAAGCGGCGACGGCGCGUCGACAUGGCGCCGAACUGGAGGCGCUGCUGAGUGCCGCCCGCGCAGACCUCGCCGCCUCCCGACAGCGCGGUGCCGACCUCGAGGAGGCCUGCCGCGCGCGCGAUCAGGAACUGGUGUUGCGUCUUGAAGAUUGUCGCUCUAAAGAACGCCGUCUCGAAGAGCUGAAGCACAAUUUGGAAGUUUGCCUUGCUGAUGCUACCCAACAGAUACAAGAGCUGAAGGCGCGGCUGGGCGGAUGCGAGGGCCGCGGCCGGGCACUGGAGGCGUCGCUGAGCCAGUGCGAGGCCGGCAAGCGCGAGGCGGAGGCGAAGCUGUCGUCGGUGGCGCACGCACUGCGGCGCGUGUGCGGCGUGCAGCCCGACGGCAGCGUGCACGCGGCCGCGCGGCGCCGCCUCGCCAGCCCCGCGCGCCGCUACAGCCCGCACAGAGGUCGUGAUCACUCGGAAGAUCGCAACGAGAUUAUAGAUGUGGAUCCGGAGUUGAUAAAGAAGGGCGUAAGGAAUCUAAUGCACGAAGUCUGCCAGAUUGAACGUGAAAAGGACGACUACAAGUCCCAACUGAAUGUAUUCAAGAAACAGCUAAAAGACGCGACUGAACAGCAAGGCAAGGGCGAAGGCAAGCUGCAGUCGGUAACGAGCAACUUACGCUCCCUGCAGGAGGAGAAGUCUCGCUUACAGACCGCACUCGGACAGAAGGAUGCUCAACUUAAUGCAUUGAACGAGUCAACUCAGACGAAGACUGUUGAGAUCAGCAAUCUAAGAGACAAAAUUACCAGCCUCGAAGCGACCCUCAGUUCCGUUGCAGAGGAGAAAGUACAGAAUGAGAACAAAUCAGAUAGUUUCCGCGUACAAUUGGCCGAGCGUGUACAAGAAGUAGGACAGUUGAGGGAGGCCCUGGCCGCUGCCGAAAGUCGGGCUGCGCGACUGGACGUGCGACGCGCGCAGCUCGAAGGCGACGUGCAGCGUGCCGCCGUCGGAGCACGAGACCGCGACCACGCGCUCAAGAAACUUCAAGAACGCUGCGAUGGAUACGCCCGUACGGUUGCAUCUCUAGAGGACCGGUGUACAUCGCUAAAGGGUACAGUGGAGCAACUAUCGACGUCGCUGCAGAAGGCUGCGAGCGCCGAGAGCGAGCUGCGAGCGGAACUGAGCAAGACUCAGCGGCAACUCACCGAGGCAAAGAACGGUGAACACACAGCCGCUGACAAGCUCAGGCAAUUACAGAAGAGUAUUGCUACAUGUGAAAACGAUAGACGUGUGCUGAGUGAAAAACUGGAGAGCGCGAAGACUGCGCUUGGAGAAAUGAAGCGUCUGAACUCCACCCUCGAGGACCAAGUGCACCGCCUCACAGCACAACUCGCCAACAUCGAGGUGCAGAGGUCAGGCCUCGAAUCCCAAUUGCGUAUGACAACUUGGGACGGCAAGGAGAGUUGCGACAGCGAAUUGGAGCGAGAACUACACAACCUGCAGCGCGAACGAUCCGAAUUCAAGGCCAAGUGUGACGCCCUCACCGACACUGUCAGGAAGUUGGAGGCUGAAAGACGCAUGGUCAGACCUUCGGCACUACGCAGCAAGAGCCAUGACAGGACCGAAAAGAGUGUGUACUACUCAGACUUGGAUUCUGGUCCAGAUUCAACGAAGGAUUCCAUUCGUGGCCCCUCUCAUAUCUGUACGUGCUAUAAAGACUCAGCUGUGAAAGACAAGAGUUACACUGAUGUCAACUUCUUGGAGCUUGAGAAUAGGGAACUGCGAAUGAAGAUCAGGAGACUGGAGAAGGAGCUCGCUGAUAAGGACUCGGAGCUAGCAUUAGCCCGCAGCAGGUGCCUGGGCGACCUGUCCACGUGUUCCCCGAGUCGGCGUAGCGACGUCGACCGUUACCGCCAGGCCGCGCUGCAGGCCGAGAGACUGCUCGAGACGCGGGAGGCCAACCAUCGACAGCAGAUACUGAGGCUCGAGAACCAGGUGAGUCGACUGCGGGCCGCGGACCGACCGUUCGCGGACCGUCUCGCAGGUACGCCCACUACUGUGGCCCGCAGCGGACGAGCCGCGCGCGACGUGCAGCGACUGCGGGCCGCACUCGGAGACUCGCUGCGGACCGUCUCGCAGGAUCCAGCGCUGGACUCGUACACCCUAGAACAUGAAGCAAGGAAACUGGACAGCACGCUAACACACAGUCUGCCGCCGCUGAACGACAGCUACGACUCCUCUAAAUAA